AUGGCUUUCGCUUGUAAUGAUGGAGAGGCUAGAGCUUUGAAGGAGAACCUAAUCGAAAAUUUGAAUAUUCCAUCAAGAUCUUGGGAUUGGUCAAACUCUGAUGAAAUUGCAAGCAAAAGAUACUAUUAUUUGAUUAGAGUUCUAUGUGCAUUAAUAAAGAAUUAUCCAGAAGAGUACCAAAGUCUAGAUGAGAUAAGCAUAUUAUCGUAUCACAUUGAUCCCGAUCUACCAUGGAGUUCGUCUAUGGGCUCGUGUAUUAUACAGAGGACAAUCGAGAAAUCAACGGGGUUGCAAUCGAAAAUCCAUGAAUAUAUGCCACUAUACCUCGAGCGUCUUACAAAGGAGAAAAUGGUAUUCCCGCAAAUGCGAUCCAAGAAUUCGAAGAUGAUCGAAGGAUUGAAACCAAGGCUUGGAUUCAGCAGCUUUGAAGGUCAAAUUUCAGAAGACGACAGUAGACGUAAGUGGAAGGAAUCAUCUAAAGUCAAAUCCAUAUCUAUGGUAUGGUUUUUAAUUUACAUUAUUAGAGAACCCAAAGACAUAAAAUUAUAUGGAACUAUAACCACAUCUUUUAUUCUUAAUUUGCUUGAUGAUCACGAGCCAUUAUUUAAGUUGCAAGGGUUGAAACUUAUGAAGAGUUUAUUGAUGAAGCUAAGAGAAAUCAAGAGUGACUUUUUGACCAAAUCAGGUUUGAGCAUUUUGUUUUUGGGGUCAGCAAAGCAAUGCUUACAUUAUCUACCAUCGCUAACUCCAAUCCCCGUAUCAGAGGCUCUACUCCCAUACGCUUACGAAGACAUCUUUUUAAUUCUUCAGGGACAGAAGAAGGAAGAGUAUCUUGAAUUGGUAAACGUCACAUUGGCUUCAAUCUCUCAUAUAAAAGGAGAAAAAUCUUCUUUCCGUCUCACAACAAUCUUACUUUAUCAGCUUAGGACAAUAGUCGGUAUUUUGGGAAUAAAUAUUUUACUUUGCUAUUCAAGGUUGAAUUACGCUUUGAAUCUGAUCAUUAUUGAUCCGAAUAUUUUGGAGAUGGACAUCAAUCCCAUUAAUGUUAGUUUAGAGAUACAGAAGUCUGUCUUUGAGAUAUUUUUAUCAUUUAACAAUGUCGAGGGCAAUACUCUCUUAUUGCAAUAUAAAUAUGAUUUCCUUGGGUCUUGGAUAGUGUUGAUGAGGAAGCAAUCAUCCUUUGAUUUGUUACUCAAGAAUAACCUUGAUCUUCUCAAGAAUCUUGCCCUCACAUGCAACCAAAGUGAAGAGCUUAAUAUAGACUUAAAUCAGCUUUCCGAGCAGUACCCUGACUUGAAAUCCAAACUAAUAUAA